GGGCUUUCAUGCUCGAGAAGUGGAUAAUGAAGGUUUAUCUGCAAUCGCAAAUUCAUGCCAUAAAUUAGAAAGUUUAAAUAUUUCUGGUUGUACAGAGUUUUCUGAAGUAUCAAUUUGUAAUGUUAUUCGUUCUUGCCCAAGGCUCCGGCAACUUGAUCUUUGCUUUUGUGAAAUUACUGAUAUAACUAUCGAAAAAAUUGCUAGAUUGUGUCUUAAUUUAAAAUAUCUUAAGCUGGAGGGGUGUUAUAAAAUUAGCAAAAAACAGUAG